AAAAUAAAAAUAAAAAUAAAUCCGAGGCGCGGCUCAGGGGAACAGGAACAACAGCAACGGAGCCUGGAGCGACGACGGCGACGACGAUAACGAAAACAGCUCAGCCACCGCGACCUUGGCCUGAUCAGCGCUGCGUCUGCUUCUACUUCUGCUUCUGCUUCUCGUGGUUGCUUGACUGUGCUGCUGUUGCUGCUUUUCUACUCAUGAAAGUCUUUCGGUCCUCGUCGGGGUCUGCAAAAGUCUCCGCCAGCGACCCCCGCGCUCAGGUAACCCUGGCCAUAGCCGGCUUCUGCGACAAAAAGCGCUCAGGAACCUCAUUCAAAUCCAUCUUCCACAACACAUCCGCCUCCGCCUCCGCCGCGCCGUCGUCCGCGGGCGAAGACGACGACGUCACCCUCCUCCCCGUGAUUGUCGAAUGCGCCCAAUCUUCCCCGCAAGCUGCCGCCGAAGCCGUGCGCUCGGUGCGCAAGCGGAUAGAUCCGAAGCAUUCAUCGAACCCGAUCGUGCAGUACAACGCCAUCCUUGUCCUCCGUAUUCUCGGAAGCUCAAACUCGACCACUAUACUCGACCAGAUCGGGCUCGACGGCAAACUCGCUACUGCGGUUUCAAAUCUACUCGCGCAGGGCAACGAUCCCUCUGUCCGGGCAGUUUUGAUCGAGACUCUAGAGUAUUUUCAACGGGAGCAGCGGCUAGAGGAGAACCUGGUGCCUCUCAAACUAGUAUUCGAGCAGUACAUGCGCAAGAACGGAGGAAAGACCACCGCAGCCAGCACCGCCGAGAAUCACCAUCAGCCCCGCUCCCUGUCGCCCGAGAAAGUAGCCGACGUCAUCGAGGAGGCAAAGUCCUCAGCCGGUCUGCUGCAACAAGUAGUCCAGACCACCGCUCCCGCCGAGAUCUCCGCCAGUCCUCUUGUUCUCGAAUUCUACGAGCGCUGCGUACGGCUGUCGUCCAAGAUCGAAUCAUACCUCUCGCGCGAUGUGAUUCCGCCACUGGAGGAGAGCAUGACUGUCAAACUCAUUGACGCGAACGAAUCGUUAUCCUCCGCGAUUGAGAUGCACAAGUCUGCUCUCGACCGUGCCGCAAACCUCGUAAGCGCACCCAGGGAGUUCUAUGUCCAGCAGGAACCUACACCAGCUCGCACGGAGCCUUCUGCGUAUAACAGUAUACCCAGCAGCAUCUCGGACGUCUCGCCGGACGUCGCGCGACGAACGCAGCUGGAAUACACGCCGAUCCAGCCUCGUCAGCAGGAGCUUCAGGAUCCGUUUGCAGACGACGAUGACGAAGAUAGUUUAUGGGUGGGUUGUUUUGUUACUGUUUCUCUCAGAUCUUAUUGACCAUUGCUAACUUGGCUAUACUAUAUAUAGGUAACGCGGACAUCGAGUGGAGCUGUCGACGGAAACCCGACUUCCCGAGUCGUGUAAGAUGUACGAUUAAGAUAUUGAUGGUUGCAUAUUCAGAUUGUUUUGAUAUUGUUUGGUUUUGGUUUCUGUUUGUAUUUCAUUGUUAAUCAUUGACUAUUGUUUCCUGUUAUAAUUGUAUAAUUGAUUUCUUAUCUGAUGGCAAUGAUGUGUUGUCGCUGACGUCGACAAACUUAAAUGCACGUGUUUGGUCCCGAUGACUUCAACGUUUUUAGUAGCUUUGAAGAGUUCUCCGAAGAUAUGAUAUUAUUGACAAGUGAGAAUCUC